CAAGACACUUGAGCUGAGACCAGCAGCAGCAGCAGCAUCAUCAGCAGCAUCAGCAGCAGCAGCAGCAGCAGCAGCUUCAGCACCUCCUAAACUCCCACUCUGCACACACUCUCACACCGGCUCUACGGGUCUGCUGCUCCGUCACGCUCAGCUUUCUCUGGCUUUACUUCUCUUUCUUUCUCUUUCUCUCUUCUUUCUCAUCCUCUGCUCUUCACUGGUGUAGUCAGGAUGCAGAUUUUGGCCAGCUUAGUGUCUCUGCUGCUGGUGCUGUACAGUGUGAGGGCAGCGGCCGUGCUUCCAGUGGAGGAGAGGAGCCCAGCGCACACCAGGGAGCUGAGUAAAGAACGUAAGGAGCUGAUCCUGAAGCUCGUGUCCGGUCUCCUGGAUGGAGUGGACAACAGCGUGCUGGGCGGGGAUCUGGUCCCCAUGGAGGCAGAGGAGCCCCUGGAGUCACGACUGGAGGAGAGAGCCGUCUACAACCGGUUAUCACAGCUGCCCCAGAGAGACCGCAAAGCCCCCUGUAAAAACUUCUUCUGGAAAACCUUCACCUCCUGCUAACAGUGCCAGCCUGCCAGCCUCCGACCGGGUUCCUCCAUCCGAACGCCCACCUCUCCACCUCCCACCUUCUUCUUCUUCUUCUUCUUCUCCACCAAACCCCCCGAAACUAUGAACUGUGUGCACUUUCACUGUAGUUACCAUCACCAACACCGCCGUCGAGAGAAAGGGUCGCCGUGGACUUGUGGACUGAUGCAGCCAGUUUGUUAAAGAUACUGAUGAUUAUAUUUAUCUAUUUAUUGACAGAAUGAUUUAAUAUGUAUUUAUUUAUUUGUUUAAUUAUUUUCUUGUUUCUCGUUUCUGAACAUCUCAGACCAAUAAAGCAUGGUGAAGCAAUUUGCUUUUUGAUAAGGGAUGUCUCAUUCUCUGUGGUCAACCCUCGGGACAGAAAAGAAAAAAGCAGUCAACUGUUUUAUCCCAAUGGAGAAAUAAACGUAUAACCGAUCAAA